UCUCAAACUCCCUCUCUCACUUACAUUACACCUCUUCUCUCUCUCAUUUCGUUUCCAUCUUUCCAAAUUUAUAGGACUACCCCUAAAAAAAGCAAGAACCACUAAAAAAUCCACCGUAGAUAUUAAUUUUGCCCCCCAAAAUAAGAAAAAAAUUCAUUCAAAACCCCAUUGAAUUCCACCAAAAUUAAACCUUAGCCCUCGGAGUUCGGCGGCUUCGGGUGGCUUCCGCUUAAUCGACGCCGGCGCGAGCUUAUGCCCUUGUUUUGAGCUCGGUCGUAGCGGACCCCGGCUCCUCAUCGUCGGGAUUUUUCAUCUUCCAUGGAGGCUGAGCUUUUCUUUUCUCAUUUCUCAAGCGAUUCGGGAAAAAGCUCUUGGAUUUGAAUUGGGUUUUUUUUUUAUAUUUAAUUUUUUUAUUAUUAUUUCAUAUUCUGGGUUUUGCUUCAAUUUGAGAUUCUGGUUCUUAAUUGGUGUUGGCCAAGCUUUUAGAACCUCAUCCUUUUAGUAUAUUCUUCGAGUAUUUUUUAAAUAAUCAAGGAGCUUGUUUUUCCGGGCUCCAAUGCGAAGCGGAUUCAACUGGAAUAUUACCAAAGGACCCCGAUCAGAAACCACGAUUUUCCAAGAAAAUCCUAUAAUUUUCCCGUCUGAUCAAACAGUACUAUUGCCAAAGUCCACCAUCGCCACCACCCCCAUGUCGAAUCAGAUCAUGCUACGCAACCACUCAUCGAACCGGCGGCAACCCUUGCUAAAAAACCAAUCCUCGUCGGGAAACACGCGGCUGGCCGAGGUCGCCGGCGGCACCGCAGCCGAAUGCGCCGCCGUGUGCUGCUGCUGCCCAUGUGGGCUGAUGAACCUUCUGUUCCUCGCCAUCUACAAGCUCCCCGCCGGGCUGUGCCGCCGCGCCAUGAGGAGAAAGCGUCGCCGUCAGAUGAUCAAGAAGGGUCUCCUGCCGCCUCCGGCAAGGCGGCGGCGCUGCUCGUGUGGCUUCGACGAGACCGAGCUUCAGAUUCACUCGAUGGCAUCAACCGAGGACGACAUCUUUUCGCCGGAGUGUAAGGGUCACCAAGUGACGUCGUUUUACUCGACGGAGGAAUCAGAUAGGGAGGUGGAGGAGCUGGAGAAGGAGAUGUGGGAUAGGUUUUACAGCACUGGCUUUUGGAGAAGCCCUUCCCAGCGAGAACCUUCCUCUUUGCCAACCACCACCACAUAACUGUAAAAAAAAAAAUAUCCUAGUCUUGUUUUUACACCUCAAGUGAAAAGUUUCUACAUCUUUUACUAAUCAUUUGUGAUUUUGUGACUUUUUUUUAUUUAUUUUUAUUUUGUUUCUUUUAUUACGUGAUGAUGGUGUAUGAUUCGUUCGAUUGUGUAGGGUUUGCCUUUGUUUUUGUUUUGAUUUUUUUUUUUUAUUAAGAUGUGAUUAUGUGCUGGCUGCUGAUGUAUGUACUAUGUAUGAAUAGCAACAUUUCUUUAAAGAAAGAUAAAAGGUUCUUUUUAGAUUAAGGAAUAGAUUCAGGUUGAUAAGGGAAUUGGUUCUGUGUGCUUGUGAAAGUUUGGGCGUUGAUAAGGGCAUGUUUGAUAGAGAUGUAGUAUUCAAUCCUCGUCAUUUGUUUGACUUUUAUGGAUUGUUUGUGUUAAAUUACGAAAAUAAUGAGAGUGCAAGAGUAUUGAAGAA